AAGGUUUCAUGACUUCAUGGGCCUUAAGAUGAAGUUCUCAGCAAUUCGUUACUUCCCAUACAAUGACUACACGCCCGACAGUAGUGAGCCAGGCAGUACCGUCACUCUCAAAGAUUGCCUUGACGCUAGACUGCUUUCUGUUCUGGAACCAGCACUCAACUGCAGUUCUGAGAUUCGAGCACAGUCUGAGCGUGCUUGGGGUACAUUGGAGGAUGGCCAGUUUACUGGAAUGAUGGGCGAAUUCCAGCGAGAAGAGAUAGACAUUGGUAUGCCCACGGCUCCCGCUGUAGAGCGGAGUGUUGUCUUGGAUAACUUCGGUGCUUAUCAAGCUGAUGUGGUAUGCCCGGUAUCCUUGAAGCCUACUCUGUUACCUCAAUACCUGUCUCUGAUUAGACCAUUUGCAGGAGAACUGUGGGGAGGAUUACUGUUGAGUGUGUUGGCGUGGGGCGUGGUUAUGUGGCUGCUGCAGAAUGCCUGGUGGUGGGUGACAGGUGAUCGUGGUGUUAAAUUCAGCACAGCCCUCCUGUAUGGCUGGGCCGUGCUAUUAGAACGGUCGACCUCAAACCCUCCCGUCAAUGACUCAGGCAGACUGUUGGUAGGAUGGUGGCUGGUGUUCUGUCUGGUCGUCACCACAGGGUAUCGUUCGUCUUUAAUUGCUCACCUGACAGUCCAGGGGAAGUCCCAACCACCUGAAACCUAUGAGGAUCUGGUGUCUCUGGACAACUGGAAGUGGGGUACCCAGUCUUGGAUGUUAAAAGGAUCGCCCGGACAAUAUUUCUCGAGGCACACUGACCCUGUCGUUCAAGAGAUAAAUCGAAGAAUGGAGCCUUUGACAGCUACUGAGGGACUGCACAAGGUAUUAGAAGGAAGAAACUCAUUCAUCACUCCCAGAUUUUACAUUACCGUCGUCAUCGAUUCCCACUACACUGACAGCUACGGCCAAAGUCCCUUUUACAUCAGCAAAACUGGAAUUAAAAUAAUAGCUGCCUUUGGCUGGUCUUUCAGGAAAGGAGCACCAUAUUACAGGCGAUUUCAUCAAAUGGUUUUACGGUUGACUGACGCUGGCAUUAUACAACACUGGACUGAUGACGUGAUAGCCAGGCGCGUGAAGGAGAACAGGGCAGCUGCUGCACUGGCCCCUAUUGCAACCCUGAGUAACGAAAAAGAGAUGGCCCUAGGGAUGCAGCACAUGCAAGGCGCCUUCUACCUCUUGUUUCUGGGGUGCGGCCUCGUCAGCCUCAUCCUGCUGAUGGAGUAUAUCGUCCAGUAUCAUCCUCGUCUCAACAAAACUUUCGCGAAUACCACCAGACCUGAGGAAUGAUGAUACUGGGAAUAUAAAAAAUCGAAUACAGCAAAAUUCAAAUAUUAGACAAAAGGGCUAACUAUCCUGUGAAGUAAAUAUUUUGAUCUAUUUGAGAAUGCUAACAAUGGUAAAUAAUAUAUGUUCACCAGUUAUUUAUACCAUAUGAUCUGUACAAGACCAACCAAAUAGAAAAUACUGAAAAUUUGACUGUUAUGUUAGUGGAGGUUAUACUAAUUACCCUUGUGGAUACUCGCAUCUAUAUUGGAUAGAAUUUAUAAGAAAAUCCAAAAGACUUUGCAGGGUUUUAAGAUUUUUUUUCACAGUUUCAGAAAAAUGGCAAAAACUAACCGCUAACUAUACGAGUUUCCCCCGUCACAGGCUGGAGUGAAAGGGGAGAGAGGUCGGGGAAACACAGUGGUUCCUUCGUUUUGUUUAAGCCUUUUUUUUUCAUUUUCUUUCGAACUCUUCCUUACUUUUCCAGGCGAUACACAUCACAAUUUUUGAAUGAGGAAGCUCAAAUUUAGACCCAAUAGUGACCAAGUGUUUAGGCUUUUAUUUCUUAUUGUCUUUUUUUCAGAUUUUUAUUAAAUGUUUGUUUAUGGCAUGGCAUAACAGGAUACUCCUUAAUUAAUAACGUUUUGCUACACAGAAAAAGCCCUAAUUGAUAGAUUAUAAGUUUACUAAAAACAGUACUUGGGAAAUUAGAAUUCUUCUUGAAUAUGAGUUAUAUGGACCAGGGCCGCAUACUCAAAACACCUCAUCGGUUACGUACAGUAGCAGAGAUACGGUAUCGUAACUUACAGACUCCUUACAGUCCUGUAAAUUUCUCAUACUUAAAAUUUAAUUACAGGUCCGUAAGCAGUCCGUAACUCUAAUGCUUACCCUGUAAAUUCAGUUCUCUUGUCUGAAGGUAGAUGGCAGUGCAAGAGCUAGUUGGCCAAUCGUCGCUCUGUUAACAAAAUCAUCAACCAAUCACAAGAGAAGGAGAAAUCAGCUGAAAUCGACGCACUUGAUAGUUGCUAGACGGACUUCAAGCGUCAUAACUGACGAUGGAAUUAUGUUUGAGUAAUACUUUUCUUUUUUUACUGGGAUCAGCCCACAUGGGCACAGGUCACUGACCCACAUCAGAGCCUGG